AUGGUCGUCGACACAGACGACUAUGUCGGCGUCCCCAACGCUCCCGAGAAAGAAUCUGUGGCCAUCAUCAGCCCCGAAGGCGCCGUCGAACAUGAGGCCGAUCAGCUACAAGAUCUGCCUCUAGCUAACGACUAUGAGGCCAUGAAAGAGAUUGUUCUCCCGCCCUUGCUCGACGAGCCCAAAAUCCUCCAAGACUUUGUACACACAUGGACGGUCGAGAACUGGCGAAGCCUUGGCAAGCGAGAACACGGCCCCGUAUUUGAAGCAGGCGGCUUUCCAUGGCGCAUUCUCCUCUUUCCCCAUGGUAACAACACUGAUCAAUGCUCCAUCUACCUGGAGCACGGGUUCGAGCCUGAUGCCAUUCCCGAGAAUUGGAGCUGCUGCGUGCAAUUUGGCUUGGUCCUUUGGAACCCUAAUGAUCCCAGCCUAUAUGUCAAUCAUGCCGCGCAUCAUCGCUUCACUAAGGAGGAAGGCGAUUGGGGCUUCACCCGCUUCGUGGAGAUUCGGAGAAUGUUCAACGUGCCCUGGGAAGGUGACAGUCGGCCACUGGUCGAGAACGACACUGCUAACAUAACAGCCUAUGUCCGUUUUGUCGAGGACGAGACUGGCGUGCUUUGGCAUAACUUUACCAACUACGACUCCAAGAAAGAAACGGGCUAUGUUGGUCUCAAGAACCAAGGUGCCACCUGCUACCUCAACUCCCUUCUCCAGUCGCUAUACUUUACAAACGCUUUCAGAAAAGCCAUCUACGAAAUUCCCACCGAAAAUGAUGAAAGCAUGCAGAAUUCUGCCUACACUCUGCAGCGCCUUUUUUAUCAACUGCAGACAUCCGAGCAGGCGGUUGGCACGAAUGAAUUAACAAAGUCUUUUGGCUGGGAAACGAGACACAUCUUCGAGCAGCAAGACGUGCAAGAGUUGUCGCGAAAGCUCAUGGAACGCAUGGAGGAGAAGAUGAAGGGCACCAAGGCCGAAAACGUACUGCCUGAGCUUUUCAGUGGUAAGAUUAAGACGUACAUUUCAUGCAUAAAUGUGGACUACGAAUCAAAGCGCAUUGAGGAUUUUUGGGAUAUCCAGCUCAACGUCAGCGGAAACAAGAACCUUUUGGAAAGUUUCCAAGACUAUAUCCAGGUCGAGAAGAUGGACGGAGAAAACCAAUAUUUUGCCGGCGACCAGCACAAGUUGCAGGAUGCCAACAAGGGCGUCAUAUUCACCAGUUUCCCAGACGUCCUACACCUCCAGCUCAAACGAUUCGAGUAUGACAUUCAAAGAGACAUGAUGAUGAAGAUUAAUGACCGCUACGAAUUUCCCGACACUUUCGACGCUUCCCCCUAUCUCAUGGACGAGGCCGACCGAUCCGAGCCCUGGAUUUACCAACUACAUGGUGUCCUUGUACACAGCGGCGACUUGAACGCCGGUCACUAUUAUGCGUUUAUCAAGCCAUCAAAAGACGGCUGGUUCUACAAGUACGAUGAUGACAAAGUCACCAAGGCCACUUCCAGAGAGGUCUUGGAAGAGAAUUUUGGUGGAGAAUACCGAACUCCUCACGGCUACCCCAGAGCGCCUCUUCAAAAGAAGGCCCCGAUAAUGCGCCAGAACAGUGCUUACAUGUUGGUAUAUAUCCGCCAAUCUCGGCUUGACAAAGUCCUCUGUCCCGUCACCAAGGAGGACACUCCAAAACUUCUCCGGGAGCGCUUUGAAGAGGAAAAUGCCUUGAGGGAAGCUCGUCGACGCGAACAAAAGGAGGCACAUCUGUAUAUGAUGGCCAAGGUGAUUACAAAUGACACAUUCGCAAACUACGGAGGCACCGACCUUUGUGUCUUUGAUGCUAAUCCUGAGCUCGAUCCUGCUGCACCCAAACUGUACCGCAUUCGUCGAGCUAUGCCAAUGCAAGAGUUUGUCGCUCAGGUUGCCUCUGACAUGGGUCAGGAUCCAUCUCGCGUCAGGCUGUGGCUGAUGGUUAAUCGUCAAAACAAAACAAUUCGGCCAGAUCAACCAAUUAUGGACCUACGGCCAACCGUUGAAGAGAUAUUUUCCCGCUCGGCUGCACACCGAGACACGAGUUUGCGAGUUUGGGCCGAGGUCGCCAGCGAGGUCAAUGAAAACGGCGAGCCUGUCUGGGCAUCAUAUCAAAGCCAGCCAAAUGGCGCUCAAGUAAAGAGCGAUACCAUCCUAUUGCUGUUGAAGCACUUCGAUGUGGAGAAGCAGACUCUGGAAGGCGUGGGCCAUCUGUACAUUAGUAAGGAGAAGAAGGUCGACGAGCUUGUUCCCAUGAUUCUUCAGAAGAUGGGUUGGGGCGACAAGCUUUCCUCUGACGAGAAGCUUUUGAUGUGGGAGGAAAUCAAACCGACAAUGAUUGAACCUCUGAAGGGAAAGCAGACUCUCAAGGCCGCUGAACUUCAAGAUGGUGAUAUUAUUUGCUUCCAACACACUUCCGACAAGAAGACUGAGAAUGGCCGUGUAGCGGACAAGGCAUCUCAGGAAGCUAACAAGUCAUUCGAUCGCGUCGAGGAUGCUCGUGAAUAUUACGACUUCCUCGAACAUAAGCGAACUGUAAAAUUCCACGCUCAUCCUACCAGAUCUGACCCAGCACAAUAUCCACCAUUUGAGCUUGUUCUCAACUCAAAGAUCACCUACGAUGUUUUAGCUGAACGCGUCGGCGCUCUCCUUCAAGCUCCUUCAACACAUAUCCGGUUAUGGACGGUCAACGCAAGCACCAAUAACCCCAAGACUCCAGUAAGACGAGGCACAAAUCCGACUUUAAAGCAGAUUUUGCAACCUAUGGGGUCAAACACUUUGAACUCGACUCACAGAAAUGAUGCCUUUUACUUUGAGGUGCUGGAGAUGAGUUUGGCUGAGCUCGAUACCAAGAAGAACAUCAAAGUCACAUGGCUGAGCGAAGGCAUCACCAAGGAGGAUCAACUUGACCUGCUGGUAUCAAAAACCGGAACUAUGGAGGACUUGAUACAAGCGCUAGUCAAGAAGGCCAAGAUUCCCGACGAGGCGGAAGGCGGGAGGAUAAGGGUUUACGAAACAAGUUCUAACAGAUUUUACCGUGAGCCAGCUCGCGACCAGUCUGUGUUGAACCUCAACGAAUACACACAGAUCUUUGCCGAGCGAAUCCCGGAGGAAGAGCUGGCUGCUGAUGACAACAACUUCAUUCACGUGUUCCACUUCCAAAACGAAGUCAACAGAGUGCACGGUGUUCCCUUCAAGUUCCUUCUCUUGGAGGGCGAGAAGUUUGUUGACACCAAGAAGAGACUUGAGAAGAGGACAGGUAUCAAGGGCAAGAGCUUCGAGAAGAUCAAGUUUGCUAUUGCGAGGAGGGCAAACUAUUCAAAACCACAAUAUCUUAAUGAUGACGACGAAUUAUGGAACAUAGCCUCAUCUGAAGAUGACUAUCUUGGUUUCGACCAUCCGGAUAGAUCAAGAUCCUUGAGAAACGGCGUUGGGGACCUUUUCCUUCGUUAG